GCUCCUCAUGAAGAACAAUUACUAAUGCACUUUAUCUCACUCCUCAAAUGCAGAAGCUAUUCAGACGUGGCACAGGACUGCUGAUCCGAGAUUCCUGCUGUUCUUCUGAAGUCAAACGGCGAUUUCUUCGUUUUGACACAAUUACCGGGACAUUCUUUAUAGAUUGGCGUGCGUUUUGCGCAAAAAGCGUGUGGAGCGGUGGACGGGACAAAUACGCUUUAUGUACUGAACCUGUGAAGAUGCGACAAGAGAUGUGAUUUUCACCAAAAUCAUCCUUGUUACUAUCUUUACCAUGAAAAGAUUUUUUUCAAGAUCCCUCUAGGAAACACCGGGCAGAUUUUGCACCUAUCUGAGCAUGGAUCUCCCAUCAAAAGGAGGAUUACACUGGAAAUGACAGUAGAUAGUCUUAAAAGGAACACUACAUGCACCCUUGAAUAUCCUUUAUUAUAGUCUGUCAUAUUGUGGCUCUCCAAAAACCAUAAGAGCCACUUUUUAAUGUGCUUUAGGUAUUGUCCAUCAUAAUAAAGAUGAUCCUCUUCCGUAAAUUUCGCGUGUUGAUUUUAAUGGUGUUUCUCGUCGCCUGCACCAUGCACAUCAUGAUAGACCUGUUACCCAAACUGGAGAAGCGCGCAGCCGGUCAGAGCUCCGGCGCGGCGGGAGCAGGAGGCGGCUGCUCGUGCGCUCAUAACCCGGGCGAGGAGUCGCGAUCCUGGGCCAAACAGCGCGCCAGAGCCGCCGCCGCGGAACCGGGCUGGCCUAAUAAACACUCGUUGAGAUUACUGCAGGAUUUCAGCAAUGAGCCCAACUCCAAUCUCAGCUCGCAUUCAAGGGAGAAGGUGACAGUGAAAGCUGAGUCUCUGAAGAAAGUGAAGCAGCUAAAAUUGGGUUCUGAGAAACGCGGUUUGAUGAAGGAUGCACUGAGCGGACAGAGAAGAGCUGUCCAGGGUUCCUCCAGACUGAAGGCGCUCUAUGAGCAUCCGCUCUAUAAGACUGACUUGCCGCAUCUCUCUGAUGAUGACACCUUAUUCAACCUCAACACUGAUAUCAGAUUGGACCCCAAAGCUGCUGGAAACCAAGAAUGGCAUAACGAGGGGAAUGAGGAGGAGUACAGUCCGACAGGGGAGGCCACUACUGAGUCAUACCCCAACUGGCUCCGUUUCCACAUCGGGAUUAACCGGUAUGAGCUCUACUCCAGACACAAUCUCGUCAUAGAGGCCCUGCUGAAGGACCUGGUCUCUCAGAGGAUCACAAGCGUAGCUAUGAAGUCAGGUGGCACUCAGCUGAAGCUUAUCAUGACAUUCCAGAACUACGGACAAGCCCUGUUCAAGCCUAUGAAACAAACCAGAGAGCAGGAAACACCCCCAGACUUCUUCUACUUCUCCGACUUUGAGCGACACAACGCAGAGAUUGCUGCAUUUCAUCUAGAUAGAAUCUUGGAUUUCCGGAGAGUUCCCCCAGUGGCCGGCAGGUUGGUGAACAUGACACGGGAGAUCAGGGACAUGACCCGUGACAAAAAGCUCUGGCGGACAUUCUUCAUAUCCCCAGCCAACAACAUUUGCUUCUAUGGUGAGUGCUCGUACUACUGCUCCACAGAACAUGCCCUUUGUGGAAAACCUGACCAGAUCGAAGGCUCCCUGGCUGCAUUUCUCCCUGACUUGGCACUAGCAAAGCGCAAGACCUGGAGGAACCCCUGGCGCCGUUCCUACCACAAACGCAAGAAAGCUGAGUGGGAAGUGGAUCCAGAUUAUUGUGAUGAAGUCAAACAGACUCCACCAUAUGACCGGGGCACACGCCUUCUGGACAUCAUGGACAUGACUAUUUUUGACUUUCUAAUGGGAAAUAUGGAUCGUCACCAUUACGAGACUUUUGAGAAGUUUGGAAAUGAGACUUUCAUUAUUCAUUUGGACAAUGGCAGAGGAUUUGGAAAACAUUCUCAUGAUGAAAUGUCCAUCUUGGUUCCUUUGACUCAGUGCUGCAGAGUGAAGAGGUCGACGUACCUGCGGCUGCAGCUGUUGGCUAAAGAAGAGUACCAGCUGAGCUCUCUGAUGGAGGAAUCUCUGCUGCAGGACCAGCUGACCCCCAUCCUCAUCCAGCCCCACCUACAGGCCAUGGACCGCCGCCUGCGUCUGGUGCUCAAUGUGCUGGCCGACUGUGUGGAGAAAGAAGGCUUCUCAUCAGUAGUGGAGAAUGACCUGGAUUCACAGCCCUCCUCACACCGCCACCAGGCACACGGAGGGAGGUAGUGAGGCCUGAACCUCGGCCCUCGCUGGUCAAACCCUCACCAUGAGCCUCCAACCCUACCGAGGCUUGUGUUUGAGACACGCAUUGAAUUCAGUGAAUUCCAAGACUAGCCACCAAUGCCUCUGAGGAGCCUCCCUUCCUGUAGAUGUGCUAUAUGGACGUGUAGAGACACAUCUUGAUGUGUGACAUCAGAGGACAGCUGGGACAAUGAAGCUGUUUAUUUUGUUUGAUUGUCUUUUGAUGCACUGCAAAAAUUUUGUUUUCUUUUGUUUGAUUGUCUUUUGAUGCACUGCAAAUAUUUUGUUUUCUUUUCCACUAAAUUAUAGAUAGCUAUACUGAUCGGAUAGCUAUCUGAUUAUGAAAAGACCAAGUGUAAAUGCCCUCCAAGAUGCAUUAGAGAUGGAUAGCAAUCCGAUCAAUGAAACAUUAAGAUGCAAAUAAAGACCGAUAAAGAAGGCUAAAUAGGCCUUAAACAUCCUUAAAUUUACAUGAGAAGCAAAAUUAAGUAAGAUAAAAAUGACCUGUUUUUAGAGAAUAACUCUUGAAUUAAUUAAAUUGUUGUUCAACUGUAACUAGUCUUACUCCGUUUGCAAAUAGUUUUUGCUGCUUCUGAAUGUUCAUGUACUCUGGAAUCAACCCCAUACUGCAGAAUUACUGACAAGCACAUCCCCCAUCAGACAUUUUCACAUGAGUACAAAUAUGUUCACCUUGCCCUGUGGUGCGUGUCGCACAAUUAAUCUCUUAGACACAGGUUCUAGUCCCGGUGCCAUGGAAAUAAUGAAUGUGGGAGUGUGGUUAAUAAAAUAUGCAUUUUUGUUGACUGUAUUAGAUUUUCAACUAAAAAUGCAACUCACUUUAGGCGCCACCCUGUGGAUUUUCACAUCAACAACACUUCCAGCUUCUGCCACUGGAGGCAGUGAUUUCAAAUUUCGGUAAGUACAGACCGAACUUUCAACCUCCUGUUGCCAAAUUCAGUGUGAUCGGUCUGUUUUUUUUUUGUUUUUUGUUUUCUGUUUUUAUAGUCAAUUUUGUUAGAUUUAUGCUCAAAACACAUAGAACCUAUUUGACAAUGGGGUAAGAAAAAUAAACAGAUUUCAAGAUAUAUUUUUAAUAUGCAAUUUUGCUUCUUAAGUAAAUCUUAAGGAUAUUUUUUCCUGGAAAACAAGGCAUAAAUCCGAAUAAUUUUUUGCAGUGUUUGCCAAAGCUUGUGUUUGAGCUCUGAGCUGCAGUACAUACUUUUUAGUUGCACCCUGAUUUGUUUGACAGGUUUGCUGAAAUAAUUUAUUACAUUUUUGCAUAUUUAUCCCUAAGAGUCAGCGAGUGAACAGAAAGUAUCUUUAUAGAGGCACCAAAGUUAGAAGGAAAUUGGAACAGAGAAAUAGAAUAAAGUCAAUAAUCUGUUUAUCUACAGUUUACUACACAACUUUUAUUUACUGUGCUCAAUUAGGUCUUUGAUAUAAAGGUACAUAUAAGCUUUAAUCACAGUACUGCAGUACUGUGCUUAUGUGUGAGGACAGUUAAACACAUUCGCAGUUUAAUGGCACUUCCUACCAUCUAAACUAACCACAUUUAAGAGCCAUCGUCUAAAAUGCAUAUUGUGCAAUCAAUCCUUCAAUCAUUGUGUCAGAUCCUGCACAUUUGUUUUAUUUAGGGUAAUUCAGAGGUGCACCUUUCAUUUAAGGUUAUUCAGUAGUGAAGCACCCGUGUAAUAUGGACUCUGUGGAGAAUGAGAGAAUAAAGCUGAUUGGUUGUUCGGGCAUACCGUGCCUGCAGGGUUUCCCAUCUCAGGCCCCAUGGUGAAUACACCUGCUCUCUCUUAAUAAGAAUCUAAAGGAUGAUCUGAUGCACUGCUAGUGCAAGUUAAUAAUGUUGUUAGUGGUAUUUGACAAUGCACGUGUCUUCAGUCUCAUCAUUCAAAGAGAUUUUGUGAUUGAGCACAGGCUUCAGGGAAUUAAACAAUGAAUUGGACUUUUAGUGGAACUAACAGUAGGUGUUAUGCAAAACAACAAAUAAUAAAUCUCUCCCAAGUGUUUGGAAUUUUGAAUUUCUGAGUUGAAUGCAGCAUUAGAGGAACAGUUCACCCAAUAAUUUUAAUUCUGUCAUAAUUCUGUCAUCACUCACCCUCAUGUUGUUCCAAACUUUCCUUUUCCUUCCUUCUUCUGUGGAACACAAAAAUAAAUGAUACAGUAGAUAAAAUGUUAGCUUCAUUCACUAUCAGGGAUGGGUACCGAGAACCGGUUCUUAUUCAGAACCGGUUCCAGUUUUAAAAAAAAAUACCGGAACCAAAUUAUUUUCAUGACUUUCGGUUUCUUGUAGUCCAAUUCCUGAAUGAAUGACUCUUAUGAACCGGUUCAUUUGAAUCUACAGAGCAUAACACACAACGUAACUAGUGUAGUCCAAUUCCCACACAAAUGACUCUUUUGAGCCAGUUCUUUUUAAUCUUCAGUGCGCCAGUAUGUUACGGUUCCCAAGCAAGUGACUCUAAUGAGACGGUUCUUUUGAAUCUACAGCACUAACACACAGAGCAACCAGUGUAGUGUGGUACCCAAACGAAUGAAUAUUAUGAGCUGGUUCAUUUUAAUCUACAGCGCAAAACAUACAGUGUGACCAGUGUAGUCUGAUUUACGAACAAAUGACUCUUAUGAACCGGUUCAUUUUAAUCUAGAGCACAAAACAUACAGUGCGACCAGUGUAGUGCUAUUCCUGAAUGAAUGACUCUUAUGAACCGGUACUUUUGAAUCUACAGUGCGAAACAUAUAGCGCGACCAGUGUAGUCCCUUUCCCAAACAAAUGACUCUUAUGAGCUCAUUUGAAUCUACAGCGCAAAACAUACAGCGCGACCAGUGUAGUCCAAUUCCUGAACGUAUGACUCUUAUUAACUGGUUCAUUUUAAUCUGCAGCACGAAACAUUCAGCGCAAACAGUGUAGUCCAAUUCUUGAACAAAUGACUUUUAAAGAGCACCUGUUAUGGUUUUUAAAUGUGCCUAAUUUUGUUUUAAAGGUCUCAUACAAUAGAUUUACAUGCAUCCAAGGUCAAAAAACACUUUAAUUUGCUCAUAAUUUAAAUUGCAGCAUUACCUUUUUUUCCCCAGUGUUUUAAAAAAACGACUCGUUCAAUGAUCCGUUCUAAAGGAUUCAUUCUAAACUCAUCCUUUCAGAAAGCCUACUCUGCUCUGAUUGGUCAGAUGUCCCAGUCUGUUGUGAUUGGUCUACCGCUUAGUGUAGUGUUUGAGGGCGGGUCAAAGCUGUUCGCGAGCAGCCAAUGAAGACCAGAGGCGGGUUUUUUGUUACCAAAUUACACUGGUUAGUACAGGAAGUAAGUCUGGAAUUACUAAGGACUCGUUUCAGGUGUUCAGAAUCGGUUCUUUCUUUUGGGAGUCAAUAACUCCAUUUGUCGUGCACUUUGAUUUUUGAAACUUUGCAGACUUUUUUACAUUCACAAACAGCUAUAUAACACACUACAUGAAAGGUAAUAUUUGAAAAACCAUAAUAGGUGCUCUUCAAGAACCGCUUCAUUUAAAUCUACAGUGCGAAACAUACAGCGCGACCAAUGUUGUCCAGUUACCGAAUGAAUGACUCUUAUGAACCGGUUCAUUUGAAUCUACAGCACGAAACAUUCAGCGCAACCAGUGUAGCCUGAUUUCUGAACGAAUGAUUCUUUUGAGCUGGUUCAUUUGAAUCUACAGCGCAAAACAUACAACGCGACCAGUGUAGUCCAAUUCCUGAACAAAUGACUCUUUUGAGCUGGUUAAUUUAAAUCUACAGUGCAAAACAUACAGAGUGACCAAUCUAGUCUGAUUCCUGAACGAAUGAAUCUAUUGAGCCGGGUUCAUUUGAAACUACAGUGCGAACAUACAGCAUGAAGUGUAGCAGUGUAUAAAAUAAUCAUUAAUUGAACUGUUCCAAUAACUAGUCACCAUUUACAUUCAUAGACUCUUUUUUUCUGAGGUGAACAUUCUAUAGAGGACAAAAAAAAAUAAAAAAUCCAUAUGGGUUUUGGUUUGGAACAACAUGAUGACAGAAUUAUUAUUUUUUUUUUUAAAUGAACUGUUCCUUUAAACAUGAAAGAUCGGCUGCUGUAGUUACUGUCACAUUGCACCAUAUAAAAAUGUUUUGAACUCUCACCUAUUCUGUAUUGUGUAAACCAAGGCCAAAAAGGCAAUGGAGUGCCUUUAUACCUUUCACUAAAAGCACUAAUCGUCCAUUCAAUCAAAGCCAUCUAUAAUAUUUUAAGUCGUUUUUUGUCCUAAAUUAAACUUCUAAAUUAAAAUAAAAUCUUCAAAAUAGUCAUCAGUCUGUUUUUAAAGCUUACAUUGCUAUUUAUUAAGAAAGAGUUCAUUUGAUAUUUUGGGGUUUUAGAUCUUAAUUUUUUUAAUUGACUUUUUUUUUUUUUUUUUUUUUUUUUUUUUUUAGCUUUAGAUGAAGUCCCAGUUCCUCGCAGACAUCGUAUAGAUGAUUUGAUAGUCUGACUGCUCUGUGUAAAGUGUGAAUAUAUGGCUGAAUCUCUGAAAGGGGCCACAUGUGUGUUCUGUGUUUAACCCCAGUGCCUGUGCAAUGCUCGAGAAACUUGAAUGUUUUGGGAUUAUUCACAAACUGACCUUUCCAUACCCCAUGGCCUGGACUUCAGGGUUUUUUUUUUUUUUUUCCUGUGGCCAAUAAGGAAUUAUGGGAUCGUCAAGGCUUCUAUUAGACAAACAGAUUCAAAACUUUUCCCAUUCUCUCAGUGUGUCUGUGUAAAUAUCUAUAAAUACGGUGUGUUGAUCCUGGAGGCUGUUUUUGGAGCAAAACUACAAAUGUUUUCUUUUUUCUCUUAGGCAUUGUUACUGUGAAGACCUGUUUGCAAAAGGAUACAUGUGUGCAAUAAAUGAAGCUAUGUUGUAGAACUGUUUAUGUGUGAAAUGCAAAGAAAAUAUCAAUUUGUUUCAGAAUAUUUCAGGUUCAAUCCAAGUUAAAGGGAUACAGUAGUUCAUCUACAGUAAAAAUUACAAUUCUGUCACCACUUUUUUCACCCUCAUGUGGUUUUAAACCCAAAUUACUUUUUUUCAUAUAAGAACCACAAAAAGGGAAUGUUUUAAUGAAUAUCACGUUCCCUCUGUUUAGUACUAGACAGAGCCUCAUUUUAAAGCUUAAAAAAAGACCCAAAAGUGUUACAAAAGUUGUCCAUGCAACUCGUGCGUCAUAUUCCAAGUCUUCUGAAGGCAUACGAUAGGUUUGGUGACAAACAACUGGAAAUCUUUACUUGAAAGUAAUUUUUCAGUAAAAAUCUUUAUAUCUAGAUAUCUGUUGCGCAUUCAUGAGCGUUAUGAGAGAAGCAUGUUCACAAUGGCUUGAAUUUCACAUUUGUUUAGUGCUAUAAAAAAAAUGCAAGUUCUCACAUGAACAUGCAGGAAGCUUUUAAUUAUGUGUUAACAAAUUCCUAUGGGUGGAGUUUGCACCAUAUAAACAAUACUUUGUGGAUAGUUACAUUAUGUACCAUGCGCAUAUUAUGCAAAAGUUAAUGAGAUUACAUAGUCAUGAUGACAGGAGUUGAAAGAUUGGACAUUACUUUGCAUAAAUGUGGUUUUGCCAACACAUGUAAUUUUUACACAUGAUUUUGGUUUGUUUUCACAAACUGAGUAACAAAAUAAUUUUCUUACAGCAUCUGUGGUUUAACUUUUAUUGAACCUAGUACAUUCCUUUAUGACUUAUAAACUGUAUAAUGCAAGUCAAAUCUAUAUACAA